GCGGAACUGACGUGAACGGCGCAAAGUUUAAAUGACGAGGUGGAUCUCUGGUAUAAAAGGCUGAUAAAUAAUUUUAAAAAAUGCCGUCCCAAAAGCAAAUGAGUAUGAAGGAAAUCUUCAACCAAUGCCAGAACAGCAUGCAGGGACAUGGUCAGCUGAUAAAAUCCCUUCAGAAAGUGUUCAAACAGACUGAGUUUGCUGCUUUCUGGUCAGAAUUUAACUUGCUGAUGAAAUAUUCGAUGAUAGUAUUCACUCGUGAACCAGCUAUUGAAAGAACCAUUGACUUCAUCACUAAAUUCAUCACAUCCAUUGAGCCAGAGGAAGCUCCUCAUGCUAGUGCAGACUCUACACUAGACAAUGUCGCCGGAAAUAACCUUCUCAUGGAAGUCUUCACUUUUCUUCUUCAGGUUCACUCUGCAAAAGACAAAGCUGUGAGAUUCCGAUGUUGUCAGAUUAUCAACAAGAUGCUAAGCAACCUUGGUGAGAAUGCUCAGAUAGACGAUGACUUGUAUGAUAAGAUCUAUGAGAGCAUGCUGGAGAGGCUUCGUGACAAGAUGCCGGUGGUUCGCUUCCAUGCUGUUAUGGCACUGGCACGUCUCCAGGAUCCACAUGAUGACAACUGCCCUGUCAUUAAAGCCUACCUAUUCCUGAUCAAUGCUGACACUAGUCCGGACGUCAGACGUGCAGUCCUAUCCUGCAUUGCCCCUUCUACGAAGACAUUACCUGCUAUCCUGAGCCGUACCAGGGAUGUUAACGAUACCGUCAGGAAGAUGGCCUACAUGGUGAUGGGAGAGAAAGUCCACAUUAAAGCUCUGUCUAUUGCUCACCGUAUCCAGCUUCUCCAAGAUGGCUUGACUGACACUGCAGACUCUGUUAAGGAUGCUUGUGCUGCCAAGCUGCUACAGGCAUGGCUUAGGAUGUUGGAGGGCAAUGCCUUGGAGCUGCUGACCAGUCUGGACGUGGAAACGUCCUCAGAAACCUGUGAGCUAGCACUGUAUGCUCUGUUCAAACCAUCACCACUCCAGGAUUUGGUUGAGAAGUUUGAUCUUCUUGAUGAAAAUAUCCUGAUCCCGUUUGAGAAGCUGACCUGUGAGAGUGCUAUGUACUGGCAGACUCUGUGUAAACACAUCCACAGUAAGGGUACAGAGGGAGAGGAGGAGCUGGAUAAAGUACUACCUAACUGUCUCAAGCUGUGUGAAUACAUUACAAGUUUUGUAGACAGUCUAAAGACAGUAGAGGACCUGGAAGAUCAAGUUGAGAAAGAGUUUAUUCUUAAGCAGUUAUUGUUGCUUGUAGAACUCAUGGAACUGGCAGACAAUGCUUCCAGGAAAGCUGUGGAGAAGUUGUUUCAUGACAUGUUGAUGACUGACCACAUCGGUCACCACCUGGUGAAGUAUGUGGUGCCCCGCCUGUGUGGGCUCCACAGCAGUUCCGACGGGGCCAUCAACUACUUCGCAGAGACUAUAUCUGAGAUCCGUGAACCAAUUACUGUGGUAGAGAAGGGCUUGGAUGACGAUGCAAGAAGGCAAAAUGAUAUCAAGAUCGCUGGCGUGAGGGUGAAGCUAAAUCAGGCAAAAGAGGAGCUGGAGGAGCAUGUUCGUAGCCAGGACUUCGCUAAAGCUGCAGAAUUUAAAGCUCUCAUCUCAGAACUGGAUGCUGAAAAAUCUUUACUAUUGACUGCCGCAGAAUCAAAACAGGAGGAGGUCAGGACAGAAAAGACUGAUGUGGCAACCAUCCUGAAGUGUCAAACUAUAGUAGCAGAGAUGUUGGAGAAACUCACCCUCAAGUCUAUUAGUCCAUCACUUCAGAUGCUGAUUGAGUCAUUGUUGUUACCAGGUAUCCAGAGCGAGGACAGUCGUCUGCGUACUGUUGCCCAGCGUGCCCUGGGACUGUGUUGUCUGAUCAACCAGGACCUGGUUCUCCAACAUCUGCCACUCUUCAUGCAGGCCUCCAAAAUAGAUGAAGAGGAGGUGCGAGCUACCGCCCUGUCAGUCAUGUUUGAUGUCCUCCACAUGCACGGUAUGGACGUGAUCCAGAAGUCCGCCUCUGACGCUGACAACUCAAGUGAGGCAAUGGACACUAGCUCUGGGGCUCCUUCUUCCCCUGGAACUACAGAGGAACAGACAAAGGACCAGGACAGCCAGAAUCACGCCUCCAAUCUAGUGGCUUUUCUCAGUGGAUUUCUCGACUGUGAUAGCUCAAAACUACGUACCGUAGCUGCUGAGGGCCUAGCCAAGCUGUUGGUGUCUGGCAGGGUUGUCUCCCCUAAGAUCCUGUCUCAUCUGAUCCUGCUGUGGUAUAAUCCCCUAACAGAAGAUGACACACACCUCAGACAUUGCCUAGGCACAUUUUUCCCUGUCUAUGCCUUUGCUGGCAGAUCUAAUCAAGAAAAAGUGGAGGAAGCAUUCAUGCCGACACUGAAGAUCUUAUUGAAUGCCCCGAUGUCCAGUCCUCUGGCUGAAGUGUCCGUUGAGAAUGUGGCCGAACUCUUCAUACAGCUCACCAGCACCAAACUCCUCCUUCACAACCAAAACCAAACUGUUGAUGAAAACCCAAGCCAUGCCAAUGUUUCCCUGGCUAUAUGUAAUGAAAUCUUGAGUAACCCAGACUCCUUCAGUCUGAAGCUGUGGGUGAAGAUCCUGAACCAACUGGAACUAGGAAAAGAGGAUAUCAUCUCUAACAAGGAAACAUUUGUCCUCCUACAGAGAAUCACUGAGGUGAUUAAGGACAAGCAGUGCCUCAAGUCUGUGGAGAGAUUCCAGGAGUACCUCCGCAAGUUGUUGCCCGAGGAAUUCUUAGCAGAUAUUGAGAACCAGGCACAACAAACAAUGGAAACGGAGGAAGCAGAGAAAACAGAUGUGAUAGCUGAUAUAACGGCAGCUGCUUCUAACCAGACCGUACUUAACGAGAGUAUCCUCAGCAUGGCUGACACCAGCUCCUUCUUCCAGGAACCAAAGCCUAUCCGACGCACCACAGCCCGUUCAGAUGCUUCUCUCUCCAAGACACCAACUGGUCCUCCCAGUAAAAAGAAAACAGCCAAGUCUACAGGCAGGAAGUCAAAAGCUCAACAGGCCAUCUUAGCUGCUGCAGAUGACAGUGAUUUAGAAAACCAUGUGUUUGCCUCCCCUACACCAACCCGUGCCAGCACUAGGACAGCUACAAAGGGUGUCAGUGAUGCUGAAAACAAGAAGGUUUCAUCACCUGCUCCAGUCCGUACAAGUACACGAAGUGGCAAGGCUAAGGCCAAUGGCAAAGACCCAAUGCGCAAAAACCUCAGUGAGGUUAUCACUGCCAGUGUGAGCUCAGAGGAUGCAGGCCCUGGGACUCGUACAAGACGUAGAAGCCAAAGAACACUUAGGAGUGUACAGUCUGGGGACCAGGAUGGAGAAUAGAAAUAGUGUCCACUGUUCUACUCCGACUUAGGAAUCAAAACAAACUAUGGCCCAAAGCCAGCCUCAGAAGUCUAUCAAAUACUGAGUACUGUUCAGAAUGAAAGCUUCAUAGUAUCUGUGGAAGUUCUGGUAGAACAAUAGGAUAUACACCUUAAAAAAGAAUGCGUAUGACUUAUUGAACACGCUGGAAGGUCAGUUCUUAUUAAGAAGUCGCAAAUACAUCUGAACAACAAUGUGCAAUAACCUGAUACUUCAAAUACACAGGAGACACAUACUGCUUGUUAUUGUUUUGUUGCUAUUAAGAAAUGAAUUUAAAGUAUGGGCACAUUUUGAUGUGUGGAUCUGAAACAUUUUGAGUAGAAGUAGAUCUCUCCUGUAACAGUUCUCUCUAAUCUAUA